GAAAAGUAGAUAUAAGACGACAUUGACAUGUUCAGUAUUUGAUUGAAUCUUGCUCAAGAAUGCUCUGAAGGAGAUCCUACUGGUCCCUCUCAGAUCUUUUAUUCCCUUUUAGCAACGAAGACAGCAUGAUGAUUUUCUUGUCAGUGAGAAGCCAUUCUUUUUCAGAUCUCCAAAUGCCUUGAUCAAUCAAGCUGAUUCUCAACUUGGAGUGCUAGUGCACAAUCAUCCUUGUCCAACUCAAGCAAUCUCCAGGCGAAAUCAAUACCAAACUUGCAUCGUGGUCUAAUUGCAUGCCAGAGAUGAUCUCUCUUCUUUUCCUUUUGCCGCUUUAUCUUUCCCUUUCUUUUUUACCGUCACUGCCUGCUGCAAAUUUCAGACAUUCCUGGCCAUGUUUGUGGCUCAAAGAUCCCAAAAGCCAGCUUGGACUCGUCAAUGGCCACCUCCACAUCUCAGAUGCCCACCACGCCCCCCUCUCUCUUUUCCUCCGAGCAAACGUUGAUCCUUGAGCUCGGCACAAUCCCCUCCUCCUCGAUCCUCUCGUUGCCUUGUUCCUAGGUAUGCUUUCCUUUAGAAAAGCAACAAACAAAGAUGCUCUCAUUCCCUUGCUGAACUCCUGGAAUCAAUGGGAACAACUUUGCCUGCACACUAUAUAACCAACACUAAUCUCAUAAUGGUUUUACUGGUUCCCUUUGUUUUCAUGUGACUAUUCGCUUCUCGCACACACAGAAUCAUCCCCUGCUUAUUGCAACCUUGGAGUUUGUAUGGAGACUAUAGAGCUAAAGGUGGACAUGGUAGCAUUACAUGAGAAGAGAUUGAGGAAAUGUUUGUCCAAAGUGAAAGGGAUUGAGAAGGUUGAAGUGGAGGCGAGCGUUCAGAAAGUUACAAUCACAGGAUAUGCAAACCGGAAUAGGAUACUCAAGGCACUGAGGAGAGUGGGGUUGAGAGCAGAUUUCUGGUCUGCACAUAAUGAGAUUCUUAGUACUUACGCAACUGGAAGUCUCAUGUUCAACCACUAUAGUUUCUUCUAGGAAAGUAUACAUAUAUAAUUCUGGAGAUGCCCAAGAUAAUGAGAAGACAAAGGAGGCCUUCUUCAUAGGAUUUGCUAAUGCUAUGGAGGUUUACUUUCGGACCAUCAGAUCAAAUGGUGCUGGAAACUCGAGUGUUGAUCAGACUAAGAAAUUAAAGGUGCAGCAAUUUAAUGGAUGGUUUUGUUUGUAUAUGGUCAGUAUUCUAGAGGAUAUUCAACCAUGGCACAGUUUAAAUGGUAAUGAAAAAGACUGAUACGUGCAGAUGAUUGUAUUUAGUAACUAAAG